AUGGCUCUUGGUUUCACUCAAACAGCAAAAGCAGCUGUUUUAAUUGCCUUCUGUCUUCCUCGUAAUAGGAUAGGGCAAUAUGGAGGGAGGAUCAGGAAGAAGCUCCGCCCGCCAAAGAAACAACGCUUCAAGCACCUUACCUUCAACCAAUGUGUUGCUUCAAUUGGAGGAGACAGUGCCAGAUUUAGUAGGAGGCUAUCACACCGUCCCAACGAUAGCGAACUGUUUUUCACAGAAGCGCUAACGAAAUGGAAUGACCAAGAUUUUGGUGUUCAUUACAAUCUUGGAGAGCGUGAUGUUGAAUCGGUGGAAGCGGCAUUUUUCACCUUAUCCCUUCUUGUGAGAAUCAUGUGGCGAACAUUAAUCAAGGAUUUCGUUUCCUCUUUUGUUCGGUUCAUUCCUCUUUUUGGAAGUAGCAGACCCUAUGUCCGUCGUUUUGCAGCGGAAUCGUUCUCGUUUGUAAUGAGGAAGUCAUCAAAGCUAAGCACGAUAUCUCAACAUGUCGUGGAGCAAGCGUAUAAGGUGCAGGACGAAAGACUAACUGAAGGUUGUGCCGAGUUGUUUUUCUACGUUUGUAGAGGAGUUGCUGGAGGAUUCCACAGUGCAGCUAAAGAGAACUUAAUGGAAAAGGCUUCCAAUAUGGUGCCUUGUACGUACGCGGCCCGACUAUUGAGUCUGUGUUUCGUGCAACGGAAGUGGAAGAAUUUGUUUUCUUCACAAGAACAGCUGCUUUCCACAAUCGAGAAGGUCCUAUCUGCUUCAUUUUUCCGACUCAACGCUGAAUUCAUCAACUUCUUCUCGAAAGUAUUAGACCUUUUUGAUACCAUACUGGAUGUGGUGUAUUUUGAUGAGUGUAUUGUGCCAAUUAUUGGUAAGCUGUCGGAACAAUUGUUCGCCAAG